UUAUAGUGUUAACAAUAAAUAGCAACUAAGUUUUCAGUUAUUCACAAAUUUAAUUUUAGUCAAAUCGAAUGGUCAACAGCUGGAAGAAAAUACUUAACCCUCCACAUAAUGUGUCUGGCAGUUAAUUUACUCCAAAUUGAUCCAAGUUUGUGAUUAAAGGCUUUGAUAGCAAUGUAUUGGACGAUACAUGUGUGAUAUUUUCGGCACUGAUUACAAAUCUAAGCAACCACUCUUGUUAUCGAGCCAUAUUCUCAAAAAAUUUCAAUUCGCGUUGUUUUAUGAAAUAUAUGAAACAAUUGAUAGAGCCUUCAUAGUCAUUUUUGCACAAUGAGACUGGAUUUGAAUUCAGCAUGAAAUAAAUUACCAAAACGCCUGGGUCUGGUCUUCAUUGGUAUAACUUGAAAUAACAAAAUAAUUAUUGUGAACUUAGUUGUACAGGACAUCCACUGAUCUCCCUACUAACCACAGAUAAGUGAGGAAAAUUAAGCAGAGUACUUUCUUCAUCAGUGGAAACUUGCUUAAAAUGAUUGAAAAUCAAAUGUCAAUGUUGGGUGCCAUCUCCAGUAAUCAUAAAGUGCCUAUCCAUGUCACAAGCUAACUGAUGUCUAACACUAAGCAAGAUUUUUUGUUCUUGAACAAAAAUGGACAUGGAAUUAUCGGACAAAUUGAUAUAUUCAAGGUUGUGCAGAAAAUAUCUGCUGGUAUUUUUAUUAGCAACAUUUGCCGACUGGCUUCAAGGCCCCUACAUAUAUAGAUUAUACACCCAUUACGGAUACAGCAGUGCCGAUGUCUUGCUGCUGUACGUUGUGGGUUUUGCAAGUAGUACAGCAUUUGGCAUUGUUGUUGGUUAUUUAGCUGAUAAAUUUGGAAGAAAGAAACUAUGCGUCAUUUACAGUAUUUUGUACUCUUUGGCUUGCCUCUUGAAGAUUUACAAUAGCUUCAGUGUUUUAUUCGUUGGCCGAAUACUCGGCGGUAUAUCUACGUCCAUAUUAUUUUCUACCUUUGAAUCAUGGUACAUUGGGCAACAUUUGAUCAAAUAUGAUUUGGAAAAGGAUUGGAUUAAUUUAACAUUAACCAAAUCUACAUUUUACAACGGACUUCUUGCGAUUCUUGCUGGAUUUGUAUCUUCCAUAUUUGUUGACAAGUUAGAUAUGGGUCCUCUAGCUCCGUUUUUAUUAGCAGUCCCAAUCCUCGUAGCUGCAGGUUAUUCCUGUGCCAUUCUUUGGGAUGAAAAUCCUGUUCUUAGUCAUAGUUUUAAGGAAGAAAAGUACGAGAGUAGUUUGACGCUAAUCAUAAAUAAGCAUAAUAGAAUUUUAUUGUACUUAGGUAUAGUUCAAUCAUUGUAUGAAUCAGUGAUGUAUGUAUUCGUAUUUUUAUGGACUCCAGUCUUGGAACCAAUUCACCCAAGUCAGGGCGUUAUAUUUAGCUUUUUUAUGAUGUGUAUAAUGCUUGGUAGCUACUUUUACACAGUUUUGCAUUCACGUUUUCGCUUAUCUUGCGAACGUCUCUUGAACAUUUCUAUACUUGUUAGUUUCUUUAGUAUUUCUAUGUGCACGUACGGUUCUUACAUUCAAACGGACAAGUCUAGCGAAGUACUUGGAACUUACCUAUGUUUGUUCUCAUUUCUAUGCUACGAAGUUGCGAUAGGAAUAUACUAUCCUGCUAUCGGGUACUUGAGGGGAAUUGUAAUUCCAGAAACUCACCGUGCUAGUAUUAUUAACUGGUUUAGAGUUCCUAUGAAUUUAAUGACUUGUGCAAUUUUACUGUACGUUAGGUUUAAGUUACCUUACAAUUAUCAAGUAUUCUUAUUCAGUGCAGCCAGUUUGAGUGUUGCAUGCUACUCGUCGUCAAGAUUUGUUAACUUAUAUAAUAGAGAUCUCAAAUAUUCUCAGGCAAAAAUAACUACUGCACACCCUAAUAUACUUCUUCUUUAAAUUUUCAUUUAUUGAUCAUAAUUCCUUGUCAGAUUUCAACUAGAGAUUUCACGGUUACCAAGUGACAACAAAAAAUCAAACUCACUCCAACUUGGCGUGGAUUCAUAAAGCCUGAUCUAUCAGUCGAAUUCUUUUAUUUUGAAAAAAAAUUUUCCUAGUUUGAAGAAAUUUUGGUGAGUACCAGAAGCGCUGUAAAAUUCUCCGACACUUACAGUUUUUUUCCCCAGUUAUUACCAAAUUCCGUUAUGACUGAACACCCUAUUCAUUUAUAUUCAGGUCCAACAAAUUAGUUUUGUAUGAUCCACGAUAUUGUAGUUGGCAUUCAGUUAGUCUGCAAUAGAAUUAUUCCGCUGUAGUUGAACUGUUAAAUAUUCUAAAGUUGCAUGACAUGCUCACAUGAAUAGAAUAGCUAAAAAGCCAUUUGAAUAAAGCCUAGAAAUGGGAAAUUUGUACAUAAACAAUGUCAUUACCUCCUCAAUUUCUUUGUUUAUCAUGUACUUGAAGUUCCGAAGGUUCAUUUUAAUGAAUAUAUAUUUAUGGACUUAUACCACAAUCAUUUGACAAAACGUUUUCACCACAUAUAACGAUUUUUUCCAAAAUUAUUAACCAAUUGGUAAAUUGUUCUUUAAAUUUGUGGCAAAGUUUUUUCAAUUAUUGUUUCGAACUUCGAGUGUAUCGUGCAUUAGGAACUACGAAGCAUGAGCCAUAAAACGCAUAUGCCUCUAUAAAAUAUUCAAAUGUGUAUUUGAACAAUCGAUACAUAAAGUACAAAUAAAGAAACUGAGAUUCAAA